GGGGAAAAUAACACGUCAACAUUCCAAGACUCAAAAUUUGGCUGGGAAGUGAGAGUUGUCGUGUUUUUGGAGUUGUGGAAGUGAAUAAUGGCGUGACUCCGGGCACUUACUAGCCAGAAUGAACAUCAAACAUCUUAAGAACAUCUUGCUACCACAAGAUGGUGCUGCAAAGAUCACUGCUUUAGCCUGGUCACCUAACAACGUGAAGUUAGCCGUGUCCACAGCAGAGCGUGUUAUUCUACUUUUCGAUGAAAAUGGUGAACGGAGAGACAAAUUUUCUACGAAACCUGCUGAUGCUAAGUAUGGCAAGAAAAGCUAUUUGGUGAAAGCUCUUGCUUUCUCUCCUGACAGCACAAAGAUAGCAAUUGGCCAAACUGACAACAUUAUUUAUGUCUACAAGAUUGGAGAGGAUUGGGGAGAAAAGAAGGUGAUAUGUAAUAAGUUUGUACAGUCAUCUCAAGUGACGUGCCUGAUAUGGCCAUUUGAAGGGCCAAUUGUCUUUGGCUUGCUAGAGGGAAAAGUGCGAGCAGCAAACAUCAAGACCAACAAGUCACAGACGCUCUACCAAACAGACUCUUACGUUGUGUCACUCACUGCCAAUUUACGUGGGACAGCAUUUCUCUCUGGUCAUGCUGAUGGAUCAGUAGUGCGGUUCUAUGUUGCUGAUGACCCAUAUGCUGAGCCACAGGGUAAAAUAAUAUCUCAUCCUGUGCCCCCUUAUGCUGUGGCUUGGACAAACAGUCACAUUAUUGUUGCUGGGUGUGACAAGCGUGUUGUAAUGUAUGCUAAAACUGGAAAGAUAACUCAACAGUUUGAUUACUCCAGAGACACAUCAGAGCGGGAAUUUUCAGCUGCAGUUUCAAGCCCUAGUGGUCAGGCUCUUGUCAUUGGCAGCUUUGACAGGUUGCGUAUCUUUGACUACAAUACAUCACGAGGCAUGUGGGAUGAAAAAACUUCCUGUGAGUUUGAGGGUUUCUACACAAUCACAGCCUUAGCAUGGAAAAGAGAUGGGUCCAGACUGGUGUGUGGAACAUUAUGUGGCGCAGUUGAGCUCUUCGAUUCUGUGCUGCGACGAUCUGUGUGGAAGAAUAAGUGGGAGAUGACUUAUGUUGGACCAUCACAAGUAUUGGUUAAACCCUUGGCUGGAUCAGGCCCUUUUGGCAGCCGUGGAGUUAUCCUCAGGUCUCAGUAUGGUUAUGAAAUACAUGAUGUUCGUAUUAUGGGCAAGGAUCGUUACCUAAUUGCCCGUACCAGUGAAACUUUGCUUCUGGGAGACCUACACAGAAAUUUGCUGAGUGAAGUUCAUUGGUCAGUAGAACCAGGAACUGAGAAGUUUUAUUUUGACAAUGAGAAUGUUUGUAUGAUCUUCAAUGCUGGUGAGCUUUCACUGGUGGAAUAUGGCAAUAAUGAAUUGCUUGGAUCUGUCAGGACCGAGUUCAUGAACCCCCAUCUCACUAGCGUUCGACUGAAUGAACGCCGCCAGCGAGGCAUAGAUGACAACAAGAAGAUGGCCUAUUUAUUGGAUCUCAAAACAAUAUGUAUUGUGGAUUUGACUUAUGGCCUCUCACUGGGACAAGUAACUCACGACUCGCGAAUCGAUUGGGUAGAAUUAAAUGAAACAGGUUCUCAGCUGUUGUUCAGAGAUAAGCGGCAAAGACUGAUGCUUGUAAAUGUGGCAACUCUUCAGAAAACAACAAUACUAAAUUACUCAACGUUUGUUCAGUGGGUUCCAGGUAGUGAUGUUGUGGUAGCACAGAGUCGUGAGCAGUUGUGUGUGUGGUACAACAUUGACACCCCUGAACGAGUAACUCUAUUCCAAAUUAAAGGAGAAGUUGUUGAUGUGGAGAGAGCAGAUGGCAGGACUGAGGUUAUUGUACAAGAUGGUGUCCAGGAAUUAUCCUAUGCCUUAGAUGAAGGGUUAAUAGAGUUUGGAACUGCUAUUGAUGAUGGUGACUUCUUGCGGGCCAUGAAUUAUCUUGAGACACUGCCAAUGACUGCUGAGGCAGAAACCAUGUGGCGUACACUUGCUCGACUGACACUGGAGGGGCGUCAUUUGUAUAUUGCUGAGCGUUGUUAUGCAGCCCUUGGGGAUGUUUCCAAGGUUAGAUACCUCCAGGGAAUCAACCAAAUUAGGCAAGACAUUCAAAAUACCACAGCUGAUGAUGGAAUUCAGCAUUAUGAAGUACAAGCUCGUUUAGCCAUUCUGGACAAGCAGUUCAAGACAGCUGAAAGCAUCUACUUGGAUUACAACAACCUUGAAAAAGCUAUGGAGAUGUACCAAGAUCUACAUAAAUGGGAUGAAGCUGUGCAGCUAGCAGAGGUGAAAGGCCAUUCAGAAGUUGAGUCCUUGCGUAGGGCACACACGCAGUGGCUUUUGGACACUCAUCAAGAAGAGAGAGCUGGUCAGCUUAAGGAAGCAGAAGGCGACUAUCUGGCUGCUAUUAAUAUGUAUCUCAAAGCUGGGAUGCCUGCUAAAGCCUCUAGGUUAGCCACAAGCAUUGAUGAGCUACGUGAAGAUCCCGAACUUAUAACACGAAUUGCUACAGCAUUGCUCAAAACCGAGCUUUAUGAGCAAGCUGGAGAAUUAUAUGAGAAAGUUGCUCAGCCCCAAAAAGCCUUGGAAUGUUAUCGCAAAGGCCAUGCUUAUGCUCGAGCUGUUGAGUUAGCAAGAUAUGCCUUCCCAGCAGAUGUUGUGCACAUGGAGGAAGAAUGGGGAGACCAGCUGGUAGCCAACAAACAGGCAGAUGCAGCUAUUAGUCACUACAUAGAAGCUGGGCGCACUGUCAAGGCUUUAGAUGCUGCUAUAACUGCUCGGCAGUGGAAGAAAGCUAUGCAGAUUAUAGAGGUUAUUGACGAUGAUGAAGUCCUACAGCCACAUUUGAUGAAGUUGGGUAAUCACUUUGCUUCACUGAAUGACUACAAGAAGGCAGAGAAAUUCUAUAUUAAGGGUGGCAUGCACAAUGAGGCAAUUACAAUGUAUAACCAGGCUGGAGAGUGGGAACGUGCCCAUCAGCUUGCAAGUAAGUACAUGGGUGCUGACAAAGUAGCUGUCAUGUAUGUGAAUCAAGCACAAGUGUUGGAGAGCCAAGGGAAGUUUAAAGAAGCUGAAAAACUGUACAUCUCAGUCCAUGAACCAGAUCUUGCCAUUACUAUGUAUAAAAAGCAGCGUCAGUUUGAUCAGAUGAUGCGAUUAGUGAAGGAGUAUCAUCCUGAUCUAGUGCAGUCUACACACCUUCACUUAGCUGGACAGUUAGAGCAGGAGAGUAACUAUCAUGAUGCAGAGAAGCACUACAUAGCUGCUGAAGACUGGAAAGCUGCAGUAAACAUGUAUCGGGGUGUAGAUAUGUGGGAAGAUGCAUAUAGAGUAGCAAAGCAACAGGGAGGAGCCAAUCCAGGAAAGCAAGUAGCAUUUAUGUGGGCAAGAACACUUCGAGGUGAUGCAGCUGUGAAACUCCUUAAUAAAUUUGGCUUACUGGAACAGUGUAUUGAUUAUGCAUGUGAAAGCUCUCAGUUUGAAUUUGCCUUCGAGCUGGCCCGUAUAGCCAUGAAACCUAAAGUACCAGACAUUCAUUAUAAAUAUGCCAUGGCAUUGGAGGAUGAUGGCAAGUAUUCAGAAGCAGAAUCAGAGUUUAUUCAAGCUGGCAAACCUAAGGAAGCUGUACUGAUGUAUGUCCAUGCACAGGACUGGGAGAGUGCACAAAGAGUGGCUGAGGCUCAUGAUCCAGAUUCUGUUGGAGAUGUGCUGGUGGGGCAGGCCAAGGUAGCCUUCACUGACAGGGACUAUCCACGUGCAGAAGCACUUCUUCUACGGGCUCAGAGGCCAGAGCUGGCAGUCAAAUUCUACAGGGAUAGUAACCAAUGGACCGAGGCAUUGAGAGUGUGCAAAGAAUAUCUUCCACAUAAGCUUAGUGCACUUCAGGAUGAAUAUGAUCGAACAGUUCUGAGCCGAGGCUCACAAGAUGCACAAACUCUUAUGAACCAGGCACGCCAGUGGGAAGAAUCUGGAGAAUAUGCUCGAGCUGUCGACUGUUACAUGAAGGUGACCCCAGCCAUGACUAGUGAUGCAGCAAUGCUGGAAAAGGCAUGGAGCAAAGCUGGAGAAUUAGCUGUCAAGUUCCUGUCUGCUGAGAAAGCUGAUGAUAUAUCCCAUAUACUUGGUCCCCGUUUAUUGGAAAUUAAGCGUUAUUCAGCUGCUGCUCAGCUGUUCCUUGCUGGUGACCAAAUUAAGGAGGCUAUUGAUGCUUUCAUCAUGGGUCAGGAAUGGGGUAAAGCAAAGAAAGUUGCAAGAGAACUAGAUCCUCGAUAUGAAUCCUAUGUUGAUUCAGCAUACAAAGACUUCUUGAAGAAUGAAGGAAAAGCUGAGGCUCUAGCUGAUGUAGACUUGGCCGGUGCCUUAGAAAUGUAUGUUGAGGCUGGGCAAUGGUCCCGGGCCCUGGAAACUGCUGCUUCCCAUGGCCCAGAGCUUCUACAUAAAUAUCUUGCAAAGUAUGCAACGAGUCUCAUCAAGGAUGGUCAAGCUGUUGAAGCUCUAGGUUUAUAUAAGCAGUAUGGGGCUCCAGCUUUUGCACAGAACUACAACAUAUACCGACGUUUAGCCUUAGAUUUGAUGAGUAUGCACGAGUUGUGUUCAGCACAGGCCUAUCGAACCUGGGCAGAUCUGCGAGACCUCCUCUUCUCAUUGGUAGAAAACCUGAGGCAACACGAAGAUACAGAUGGCGUUAUGAGAGAAUUUGAAUUGCUGUUACUUCAGGCCCAUUAUCUUGCAGCACGGUCAUCUUACAUGGCCACAUCACAGCUAGAAACACUAGUUGCAAAAGUGUCAGUCUCACUGCUACGUCACACUGAUAUUUUACCAGCAGAUAAAGCUUUCUAUGAAGCGGGAAUGGCUUGUAAAGAAGUAGGAUGGAAAAACAUGGCAUUUGUAUUCUUGAACCGGUUUUUGGACUUGUGUGAGGCCAUUGAGGAAGGUUCACUGGAUUCUCUUGAUCAUACUGACUUCAUAGAUACAGAUAUUCCAUAUGAGAUUCCACUGCCUGAGUCUCUAACUAUACCUGAAGCUCUAAGGGAAGAGGCCAAGGAAUGGGUGUUAGCAGUGUCAAUGGACCAGCAAGUAGAACAGAUUUUGCCCAUGGAAUGAGCGAAUGGUUUAUGAAGCUUCCCUGAUAGGUGCAGACAACACUACCUACCCUCCUUGUGUUAUCUCUGGCUAUCCAGUUAUUCGGAAUCGCAUUGAUCUUAAGCAUGGGCAAGCAGCCAACAAGGAAGAUUGGAAUAAACUUAUCAUGGCUACUAAGAUGUCAAGUGUCCCAGAAUGUCAGGAUGUACUUAAGUUUAUAACUGCAUGGUGUGGUGGCCUUCCCAAUAUGGGAUACAAUUUUCAGUAAUUAAAAUAUCUAGUAAUUGAAGAUGACUAAUGUGAUCUAUUAUCAGUAAACUUUGAUAUAACUGACCUUUGUGUAAUGGACUUUGGAAAUAUGGAACAAAAUCUACUAGGUCAGUAGGUUUGGAAACAGUGGACAAAGUCCAUUGUUUCCAUAUCAAAACAAUAGAUGAAGUCCAUGUUUACAGAACUGUCCUUUAUUAUUACUAUCAUGGCACUAUAAUAUCUUACUUUUUUUUUUCUAUUUUUAACAUGCUGGCUGUCUCCAUCACAAUUGCCAUUACUGGCCACCUGCUUUUCCCUA